UGAUCGGAAUAAUCACACAGGAUUGUCGCUCAAUCGUGAUUUUGGCUAUCGAGACAUGUUAUCAAUGUGCGUAGGCAGCGUUGAGGAUGGAGGUGAAACAAUGCAUUGAACGAGAACUGUGAGGGCUAAGUAUAGGACCGUGUUCUAUAUCAAGGUAGCCGAGCUAGCCGUACCAUACUCCGUAGGCCAGCUGGCUAAGAAUACGUACUCCGCGACCCCACCCUUCGCUGCGCUGUGUUCUAAAGUCUCUUGCAUCUUCAAGUACGACAAUCUCCCGGCAUCCCUUUCCAUUCCAGUUCCCACUUCACUAUGACACUCACGACGCCUCCCGCCCAUGUCGCCAUCAUCGGCGGCGGCCUUGCGGGGCUGACACUCGCUCUCGCGCUGCAUGACUUGCACAUUCCGUCCACCGUCUACGAGUCCCGCUCGGAGGACUAUGAUCAAGGGGGCGGCAUCAUGUUGUCCCCCAAUGCCCUUCGCGUGCUCGAUAGUGUCGGCGUCUAUCAGCGAAUUCGCGACCGCUCCUUCCGCUUCGAUGUGCUCGCUUUCACGGAUGGUCAGGACAGCACCACAGACGAGUACUACUUUGGUUCAGAAAGUAUAUACGGCUACUCAGCCAUCCGCAUUAUGCGCAAAGAGCUCCUCGACGAAAUGAAGGCAAUGCUACAAGAGCGUCAAAUCCCCGUCCUCUUCAACAGCAAGCUGACCACCGUCACCGCCGAUGGCCCGGCCCAGGUUGAGUUCGCGUUUGACAACGGCCGCACCGCACUGGCUCCCCUGGUCAUUGGCGCAGAUGGAAUCCACUCGGCCGUGCGUAAGGCCUUUCUGCCCCAGGUAAAGCCGAUGUACGCAGGAUUCAUGGGCAUUAAUAGCGUCGUGGAGCGAUCGCAGCUUCGUAUUCCCGAGGGCUAUCAUCUGCCGGCGACUGUCAUGGCCAAGUCGGGUGCAUUCCUGCUGGUGCCACAGAAGCCUGACGGCUCUGAACUUUUCAUCGGCUCACAGCGACGGUUUGCCGAACUGGACCAAGCAGGAUGGGAACAACUGCGCAACGACAAGCAGAAGUUGUACGACAUGCUUCAGGAGAAUAAGCAAGACUGGCCGGAUGUGGUGCAGUCAGCUUUGGAGGCCACGCUGGUGGACCGCAUGGGCUUUUGGGCCUUCUACGGCAUCCCGCCUUUAGCAUCGUGGUUGUCCGGAUCCAAGAGAAUUAUCCUGGUCGGGGACGCCGCUCACGCCAUUCCUCCAACGGCUGGCCAGGGCGCAAACCAAGCUUUUGAGGAUGUCCGUAGUUUGGCUACCCUCCUCUCCAGGCUGUCCGAGAACGUGCCGCUGGACAAGGCUGCUGCACGAUGGCAGUCUUAUCGGCAGGCGAGGAUCGAUAAAGUUCUCGAUCUUACCAAGCAGAUGAAUGCAAAGCGCUUGCCUGAAGCAGAGCGUGCUAAGCUCCCGCCUGGGGCCUUUUGGGGCGACCAGUCGCUCACGAGAGGCGAUGGUGGAGAGCUGCGGUGGCUGUAUGAGCCAGACCUUGCCCAGGAGGCUGAGAAGUGGGUACAAGAGCUGGAGAGUGCGUCAUAGAUACACUAAUCUAAACCAUAUAUCUACUAUGUCUACAGAACAAGCAAUGUGCGGAGACAUUAAGGGCCAGAUUACGCGGUUCCCUGGGCCUUCAUUGCCCUACCGUGUCCAUCUUGGCUUCACGGUAAGGAUUGUAAGAUAUUUUUUUUAGUUUCAAUAAUCUUAGCCUCAAUAUAGGCGGCAAUUAAAGGCUUUAAGUAGUCGAAGACCCCCUAUGAUAGCUAGAGGGCUGUCUGGCCUUUACUAAAGCAAUAUGCUAU